AUGUUUCGUUCUGCGACUGGGGGCUCGCGAGAGGUGAUUCCGUUCUUGUUCUCAGGUGCUGUCGGCCGGCUUCUGGUUCUGAUUCUGUGUGCUGCAGUCAAUGCCGUUCGCGAUCGGGUCUAUAUCGAUGGAGGGGAACUUACGUGGGAGCAACGCAACGAGGAUGGCUCUGUUGAGGUCGACAGCGACGAGGAGGAUGCAAGCUUCGUCUACUACAUGAACCUUUCAUCCUCUUUCAACGCGCCGACGAUGAACUUUACGGCCAUCUUUGGGAGUGUGCCCAAGCCCGGGGCCGGCUCUGAGUCGGCGCUUGCUGCUCUGGACGGGUACAUGUUUGCCAACGACGCUACGUUUUGGCUUUACGGCGGGAUUGAGGAUCCUUUUGGCGCAGCCAGUCAAACCUCUGCAGACGCGGUGCUCGCCUACGAACCAUCCAAAGAUGGCGAUGCCACAUCCGAGGACCAAUUUACUACUGCCAACAUGGGUACCGUUACGCGCUAUAUCACCCACGGCGCUGGGGUCUCUAUUCCUAGUGAGAACCUGGGCUUCUAUGUCAGCGGCGCGCGCGCUCCGGACUGGGGCCCAAUAUGGGAUAAUACAACAGCCUUCAACCUCUCUCGGCAGAUGGUCAAGGUCAAUAUGUCAGAGCGCCCGGCGGAUGCUAUUUGGUCGAAUGUUUCAUUACCUGAACAUAUACCGCCCCGCGUCCAAGCAGAGGCUGUCUGGGUUCCUGUAUCUGAGGCCGGCGCUGUGGUGCUUAUUGGAGGGGUGACUAUGGUCGAGUCCCUCAUCGAUGAAGAUAGCUUGAGUGAAGCACAACAGGCCGAGAGCGAGCGUAUUAGUCCCAGCUUCAUGACGACCGUUUCUAUCUACGACAUUGCCAGAGAUACUUGGUAUAACCAGAACACUACAGGCGAUGCUCCUCCAAUGCUUGCCGGAUUCUGUGCAGUAUAUGCAAGCGCCCCAGACAACUCCUCCCACAACAUCUACGUCUAUGGAGGAUAUGACGGCAUCAACUACCUUAACCCGCCGGUAGACACUGCUUACGUCCUGUCACUGCCAUCGUUUGAGUGGAUUCGUCUCUACACAGGUGACAGCCGCCGCCUCGAAGGCCGAAGAUAUCAUAACUGCGUCAAGCCAUACCCCGACAGGAUGCUAGUGAUUGGCGGGACAAUCCUCGGUGGUGAACGAUCUUGCAUAGACGGCGCAAUCAGAGUCUUCAACCUGAACAGCGGGGAGUUCCAGAACACAUACGAUCCAGCAAUAUGGAGCGAAUACGAAGUGCCUUCUCUGGUGUCAGAACAAAUAGGCGGAAACUCCUCCGGCUUUGCAACCCGCACUUCCCCCGCAACCUGGACAAACGAAUCCCUCAGCCAGCUCUUCGCCACACCCUACACCAAGCCCAUCGCCACCUGGUAUCCUUAUGCAUCCGAUAGCUCCACAGCCACCCAGGACUCAGACGGUUCCUCCGGGUUCCCCGCCUGGGCAGGCGGGCUUAUCGGCGGCCUUCUAGGUCUCCUGGCGUUAUGUGGCAUAGCCGGCGCAGCAUGGUGGCUUCGGCGCCGACGCCGACGCAGGCGGCCGGGGCACCAGGGUACUCCUAAGGAGAAAAAAGCGUCCGACUUGGCUGGACUACCUGAGGGCGGGGGCUGGCAGCAGCCAGCACAUGAGGCUGGAAGUGGGAUUGUCCAUGAGAUUCAAGGUACGGAGACUAAUCCAGGACUGAACCAUGCCGCCGUUGAGCUUCCUGCUUCGAGGACUGCGAGUCCUCUGGCAAGACCGCUUCCGAUACCGAAGGCUUCGCCAUAG